GAGAGAAAAGAUGAACGAUAUGGAGGAGAAAAUCAAGAGUCAACUGAAUAAAGCAGCUCGAGAUUUGAGCCUGGAUCCACACAAAACUAUCAAACUUGAAUCCAAUUCGCAGUAUGGAUAUUUUUUUCAGAGUUUCUCUCAAGGAAGAGAAGGUUCUCAGAGGCCAGACCACAUACACAGUUCUCGACUCGGUUAAAAAUGGCGUCAAAUUCCGCAGCCAGAAAUUGACAAAUCUGAAUGAGGAAUACUCGCAAUUGAGGGAAACAGUACACUGAAAUGCAGAAAAAAG